CUCCAAUUAGUACCACCAGGUCAUUGAUUUCGACAUUUCCGCCACCUUCCUGCACAUUUCGCCGCCCUUCCAUCCGCCAACGUGUAGUCAGCAAGCCCGCCGAUUCGGCCACAGCUCUUCCGUCGACUAUGGCUACCACCUCCGUCGCCACGUCAUCGCUGCUCUGCCAGCAAGCUGAUGCGCUGAGCUGGUCGGGUCGCGUCACUGCGGGGAGCGCGAACUCGAGCGGCAGCGGGUUGAGGAAGGUCGCCUGCGUGGCGCGGCCAGAGCGAUCAGCUGCUCAAGCCGGCCGCCGGCCGGCGGCUGCGGCUCGGUGCGAAGCCACCCCCGCGGCCACCCGGCGGAACGUGCUGCUCGGCACGGCGUCCGCGGUGUCCCUCGCGCUCGCCCCCGCUCCGCUGCUCGACUCCGCGCUUGCUCUCGCGGCGCCCAAGGGCUAUGCGGCGCAUCAGGACGCCGUCGACCGCUACCAGUUCUACUACCCCUUCGGCUGGCAGGAGGUGAGCGUGCGCGGGCAGGACGUGGUGUUUAAGGACGUGAUCGAGCCUCUGGAGAGCGUGUCGGUGAACAUCUUCCCCACGGAGAAGACGUCGCUCGCUGAGAUCGGCGACAUCAACCAGGUUGCCCAGACGCUGGUGGAGAAGGUGCUCACGGCGCCCUCGCAGAAGACCAAGCUCAUCGAUACACGCGUGAGGGAGUUGGACGGGCGCACGUACUACGACUUCGAGUUUGUGGCCCAGGCGUCCAGCUACACACGCCAUGCGCUCGGCACCAUCGCCAUUGCCAACGGCAAGUUCUACACGCUGACUACUGGGGCAAAUGAGCGCCGCUGGAGCAGGGUUGAGGAGAAGCUUCGUACAGUGGUGGCCUCGUUUGUUACCCUAUAGAUAUGAAUUCAUGAGUGUUUAGGUUUGAUGUAUCUGCAAAAACAAAAUGCAUGCUUGUUUGAUUGUUGUGGGAUAUCUUAUUGUUGUGUUGAGGGGUGUGAAAUGAGGUAGAUUUGUGACGCUGAGAAGUUCGCACCUUGAGGUUCGGUGGCAACUUAUUAGGGCCAUGCUUUUACAUGUAGGGAAAUGUUUCAGAUUUUGGGGAAUGUAAAUGUACAUAGGACAUG